UGUUGAUUGCAAUGAUGAUGUUAGCGUAUUGUACUGCAAUUGCCUUGGUGUUGGGUCUCAGUGAUGCCCUGCCGGAUAUCCCACAAGAAGAAUGGGUGCUCAACUUCGACUCGCCCGUGUAUGUGUGUUCCGACGCCGCUAGCCAGGAAUUUGUCGAUACUUCAGGGGUAGAGGUGCAGAGGCACAACGAAACGUUCGCUUACAUGACUGGCACCUUUAAGUUUCUGAAGGGAAUUGAACCUUGCACUGUGGUGGAACUAAUAGUAGAAAGGGACAAAAACGGCCGAGUUGAGCCGAUGAUGACGCACGACAUUUGCGACCUGUGCGCCGAGAUAGGAGCCGAGAGCGGCUACUACAAGUACCUAAAGCACUUCGGCAUUCCUGACACCUGCCCCUUCAGUGCUGGGGAAUACUCCAUCAACGACUUCGUGCCGGCUUCCGACGACCUGCCAGUGAACCAAGCCAACGAAGCCCGGUACAUGGUGACCAUGAACUUCUACCAGAACAAGGAAUGCGACUGCAAGACCGAUCGGGUCUUCAUCGGGUGCUUGAAACUGGACCUUGUGAUAGAACCCUUGUAACUAUCCCUUAUCCAUUUGCAUGAAAUUUUAUUAAGCUGAUUAUUCUUCAUAAGAAUAUUUUGUCUGUUAUAUUUGUCACCUGAAUAAACUACACUACUUUGUGC